CACCCACUCAACUCAACAAUCAUGAAUAGAGCCACCACCCUUUGCUUCAUGCUUGCCCUUCUCUUAUCCUCCAUGCUCUCCUUUGCCACCUCUUCCAUUCCUACUUCUCUUCCAAACCCCACCAUCACAAAAUCUGAAAACAAGGGUGUUGAAGAAAGUUGCGAAGGGGUCGGGAGAGAAGAGUGCUUGAUGAGAAGGAUACUUGCUGAUGCUCAUCUUGACUAUAUUUACACCCAAGAUAAAAACCCUUGAAUAAAGGGUUCGUCUAACGUUCGGAUGUUGUGGAUUACAUUCACUGAAUGAUGCUUAAUUUAUUCGACACCGUUGCAAUCUUAGUUCCUAUGUAUGAAAACCCAUAAAAGAAAUGAAUGAAUAUCUUUAGCUUGC